CCAGAUCUUCAAUUUUCAAACUAUCGAUUACUCUUUCUGUUUUUGAGUUGAACUCUUAAUUCCUUUCCUUCAAAAACUCCUAAAUCCCCAAAUUGAUCUUUGUAACCCUAAUAAACUCCUCAAUCGAUUCUUUAACAGCUCGUAUUAAUCCAAGAAAAUCGGCAAACCCUGUGCGUUUCAAUGCCUCUUGGACGCGCCAUAGAAUCAUGCAGGCUGCAGCUUCGCAGCUGGCGCCCCUUCGGCAAAGCCCUAGGCUCCGAUUCAGCCGAAUCGCGCGGCGCUGCCAACAAGCGCAUCUGCCGCGACGAUCGCAGGACGUCGUUCCCCUUCAGUUCUGUCCUGGACAUGUCGAAAGCUCUGCUUCUUCGACGACGAUAACCCCCCGCGUUCCCCGCCGCGCACGGGAGGAGCUUCGCACGCAAGCGCCGCCGGCGCGGAGGGUCCAGAUCGGUUUCUAGCCGGAGCUCCGAUCGGAGGUACCGCUAUGUGGGCGUGUCGACGGCGAAUGUGACCUUGCUCCGAUUUUCCCAAUGACGGCUGAGAGUACUGAUUCGAGCGGGGAGCUGUUUUCAGAGGCACGCUGGGUGUCGGAUGCGAGUGAGAGGAAUUUGAGAAGAGACAAGGAAGGGAAUGGGGGUGGGGAGAGGGAGUUUGUGAUUUCUGGUUAUGGGCUGGUUAGUAAUUGUGAUAUUGAGGGGAAUGAAUCUGGUUAUGGAAGUGAUUCGGGCUAUAAAGGAGAUGUGGAGCUUGAAUAUGGCGACGAGCUUGAUGUGGAAGAGGAUGACGGACGGUCCCUGUUUGGGGCGAUGAAUGUGGAGAGAAUACUUCACAAUUGGAAAUGGUCGGUGGAAAUCUCUGCAAAAAAGGCCACCACCGCUGCCGGCGUAAGAAGCAAGAUCUGAGAAUGACUUGAUGCGUAAAUGCACAACUUUAUCUAAUACAUUUGAGCCCUCGUUAGGUGAUAUAGAUUCACUCUCGAUAGGCUGACGUCCAUUUCCUUAUCUUGAAUCAUAUGCUCAUAGCUGAUUACAACCCUUUUUUGCUUUUGUAUAUCUCUCUGAUAGAGUUCAAAUUAUACCAAUUUUCCCCAUCUACACAAAA